CUCGUGGAGAGAAAAAUGAUAUUGAGUGCUAUGUCAUCAGUCACAUUGCAAAGACCAGACUGCUUUCAAGCAAUAUAAGAAAUAAGGUAUUUAUUUUUGAUAGCCUGAUAGCCAUUUCUUUUGGCUUUUGUUUUUGGCUUUUGAAUCAGACAUUUUAAUUAUAAAGAAAUGAAAUUAGUUACACUCGUUUGUGAAAAAUAAAAAAAUUUAGACUGUAUAAUUCAUGAAAUAGGUGUACAUUUUUAAUAAAAAUUGACAGGUUGUUUUUUUAUUUUACUUUUUUCAAGUUAUUUUCUUCUUUAAAAUUCUGGAAAUAAACCCGAAAUGUAUUUAAUAUUACAAAAAUAUAUUUGAAAAAAAUAUUCAUAUUAUGUUUACAUUGUUUUCAUUAUGUUAUUCUUUCAUUAAAAUUGUAUCCAUUGUUUUAUUUUUAUAUAAAAAAAAUAUUUAUUCUUUUGAUUUAUUUUGUUUUAUUUUUACAAAUAAAUCGUUUCAAUUUUGUUAUUCUUUACCUUUUUCAAAUGAUCAAAUUAUGUCUAUUCUAGAUUCUAAGUUAAUCAACUUUUCUUUAUGGUUCAUCUCUGAUAUAUUUUUCUAGAUUCCAUUUAAAAACUAAUUUUGCUAUAAUUGUUGAUGUUUUAAAAACAGUUAACUGUAUUAUAAAUAAGCCUACAUUGGAAACAUUUUCCAACAUUAGCAAGGAAGAUAUUUACACAAUUUAAAAAAUUUUUUUUUAUUCUUUUGAUUUAUUCAUCUCAGCUGUGUUGCUAUAAACGGGGAAAACCCAAAAACCCAAAUGACUGGAGAGAUGUGGAGCAAACAAUGAGAGAUGCAUCAUAUGUACCCAACUCUGGACAUGUUCUUAUCAAUGAUCCCUGGUCCUGGUAUUAUUUCAAUAACUAUGAGGC